GUCUGUUCACGUGAUAAAACAGAGAAGGAAGCGAGCAAAAGUACGUCGAGAGGAGAAAUCAUGCCCUCGAAGGAAUAUUAUAAUGUCACGCCGGAACAACGUGAGAUUUCGUUAUGGAGAGACGCUAAACGCAGAGAAUUGCGCGAAUUAUAUCUGAAAGAUUCGGGACACCCGACUAAAAGCCUCCUGUUCGAUACAGGAAUAUACAGAUUUGCCGCAGCGAAAUCGUCGAUAGAACAGUUUUUUGUACCUACACUAGUAAAUUACAUUACAAGAGUGGGAUUUGUUGUGGGUUCUAUUGUCUUCACUGCGAUGUUGAUCAAAAAAAGAAAGGAUGCUCGAGAACAUUUAUAUCGUACCGGACAAGUCAGUUAUAGGGACAGAGAUUUUAAAUUUGUCUAAAAUAUUAGAUGCAUAAUUAUUUAGCAAAACAUAAAUACAGUUGUGAUAGAGAUUACUUACAAAGCCGCAGUCGCAAAGUACAGCUUCCACAAUACCAGCAACGAAGGAGGCACAGUUCAAGCUUCCCUUGUCUUUAGGCACCGAUACGAAUUUGUUUACCAAGGAUUCCUUCUCGAUGAUGUAAUAUGUACGCUCAUCAUCGUUGGCGUGUUCCAGCUUGUCGGCCUCCCGGCCGAAUAGGGACUUCCACAUUGUACUUUUGAUGAA